AUGAUGUUGAAGGUGACCAGUACAUUACUUGUAAUGUUCAUUAUCGUUCACUUAUGCGAAAAGUCAGCUGGCAAUGACAUAUUUCGAAUUCCUAUUCAUCGUGCUCACCGACUGUCGUCUAACAGAACAAAUUCUACAGUACCGAUGAAAAUUAUGGCGAACAGUCAAAAGUCUUUGAGUUCUUAUGCCAAAACUUCUUUAGCAACCUCUUCUGUUAACGAAAAUCUCACCAAUGAACUUGAUAUCUAUUUCAUCGGAAUGAUCUCAAUCGGAACGCCACCUCAAACCUUUCGUAUCGACUUCGAUACAGGUUCCUCCGAUCUAUGGGUGCCGUCAAGCCAGUGCCGAUCGUCUUGCAAUGGUUUCAAUAAGUAUAAUUCUGCAGAGUCGGCAACAUAUGUGACCAACGGGGAAAAGUUUUCAAUCGGCUAUGGUGAUGGUUCUUCAGCCAGUGGUAUUCUCAGUGUCAAUGUUGUAACAGUAAAUUAUUUUAAAAAUUAUUGA